UGUACGACGGAAGACUUCCGAUAUUGGAUUGCGGGCGGUCCUAAAUCAGCAUGGAACAAGGGCGCCUCAUAUGUCUUUGUGGAGAUACUUGAGAAGCAGAAACUGGUCACUAAACCCAGUGUAGAAGAUCAUGAUGGUCUCCGUGAAGCAUUCCUUGUGCGCUUGAAAUCGCUCCAUAAAUAUUGGUUGGAAGACAAGAAAAUGGCGGAAGAUAGUGACGACUUGCCCUUACCCAUGGGCAGAUGGCAGAGAAAAAGCACAGUGAGUUGUCACAAGCUCUUGUUCCAUCAGCGAAGAGAGGUUAUACUUACCUUUGAAUCACUUCAGCCCUACCUCAAGAUGUUCGACGAGUUAGGCGUCGCGGGAAUGUCAUUGGACGAAGAAGACCCCGGCAUGAGCAAACCUCGAGUACAGUACAUUGUAAAGGGCCAAAGAUGGCGAGCGGCCUUGGUCAAGAACUUCGUCCGGCCAAUAGAUUUUGUUCACCUCGAAGGACGAUGCUCCGCCAAUGGAAAUAAAUUCAGUUUCACGCGAGGUUCUCCUCCGCGUCUUCGUGUUGAUAAUAACGACCGGAGUUCGAACAGCAGAUAUGUUGUGGGCUUACCCUCCAACUUCUAUGAUGCCGCAUGG